CUACGCUCGGCGCCGCGUCAGUACAUGCGGUCUUGCCGCGGCGUGCGGGUUGUUUUCUCGCGCGGAGGAAAAUUCUUCGUCCAGGCCAUUUCUGUUCCGACCGGGCUCUCACUCGCCCUCGUUAAAUUCAACGACAUUCGCGAUUCUUCGCGAGCGACUCCGCGCGAGCUCCAACGCGCUUUCCAACGCGAAUUUUCACGUCCCUCCGCACGUCCGUCCGAAAAAACACGUCCCGCUCGACGAUCGAAAGGAUCGAGGAUCAUGCCCGCGGACGCCGAACUCAGCAGCCUGCUCAACAGGCGGCAGAGGAUCAACGAUGAACUUGAGGAGGGCAAGGAGGUGAAGAAGCAGUACAAGUUCGUGAACGUUUACACGGAGUUCCACGAGCUGUCGCGUCGCGAGAUCAAGCAGUACGAGCAGACCUUCAACAGAUUUGAUGAUGGCCGCGACGGCUAUCUUGACCUCUCUGAGUUGAAGAGAAUGAUGGAAGUUUUGGGUGCACCGCAGACGCAUCUUGGUCUCAAAGCGAUGAUCCAGGAAGUUGACGAGGAUGGCGACGGCCGCAUAUCUUUCCGCGAGUUUCUGCUGAUUUAUCGUAAGGCACGAGCCGGUGAAUUAGAACAAGAUUCCGGAUUGAGUCAGCUUGCUAGAUUAACCGAGGUUGACGUCGACGAAGUCGGUGUUACAGGCGCUAAAAACUUCUUCGAAGCCAAGAUCGAGCAACUGCGAAAAUCGUCGAAGUUCGAAGACGAGAUUCGUAUGGAGCAAGAGGAGCGAAAACGGGAGGAGGAAGAAAAGGCGGCGAGGCGAGAGCAAUUCCGACAGAAAGCCGCAAUCUUUGGCAAAUAAUUGCAAGGCAAAUAAUUGCCGAAAAUCACGGGCGAGGGAAAGCGACCGACUCGCUCGUUAAAAUGCGCAGACAGAUUGUCUUAAGUUUAUUUUCGAUGCUCGAAACCGUCGGGCGAAAUCUGAGCCUCGAGCGAUUCUACAAAUCAUUUAAGCUCUGAAAUCGCGAUUCGAUCGUAAAUUGAUGAUGAAUUGUCAAGAAAAUUUGAAACGAGGAUUGAAAAACAUAUUGCGAUAUAAUUUCCUGUGCCAUUGACGCGCGAAAGAAAAAUUUCACACCAGCCGUCUCUCUAUGCAAAUUAUUACCUUUCGCCUGUUGAACGACAUUGAUAAUGACUUUGAAUUCAGCGAAAUUAUAUAACGCAAGCAAUCCUCAAUUUAAAGACUAUGGAAUGUUUUUAUUAUCAAAUGACAUAAACAUUGAAAUUUAAUUUUUUUCGAAAGUAAUAAGUGUAAAAAAAAUUUUCUUGCAUUUCUGAAUUUUUGUUUUAUGUGUACUGAUUUGACGCAAUAGCGUUUACUGUAUUGGGCAUACACUAUGACAAAAAAAUUUCAAUAUUCAUAUGAUCGCAUUUAUUGGUAAAUUUCAUAGAAGAAUGGAAAAUUUAUUGGUAAAUUUCAUCGAAGAGUGGAAAAUUUAAAUUUUAUUUAAGAAAAUUGAUAUCUAACAUAUCUAUAGGGAUAUAUUUUAAAACGCAAACUAGGUUUUUAGUUGCUAUUUUGCUAGCUGUUUUACUGUUUUACUUGCUAUUUUAAUAAUGAUAAUCUCUUGUUUUAAAUCAGCAAAAAAGAUAAAUGUUGAAGAUGAUAAAUUAAUAACGAAAAUGUUGUUUAAUGUGCGGAUAUUGACGUUUGACGAUGUAAAUUCUAGUGAAAUUUAAAAAUAUCAAUAUUAAAUGCUUGAUCUAUUUUUUUAUUAUAAAUAUUGAAUAAUUUUCAUAUAAAAAAUUGUUAAUUUUAAUUCUUAUUCAGUGUACCGUAGACUGAAAAUGGAAUUGACAUAAAAAUCAUUCAAGAGAGA